AUGAGGUGGAUACUGAGCUUCUGCAAGUAUAAAACCAACUACAGACAAGCAUCUUCAGACAGACUCUCCUCUCCAAGAUGCAUCAUGGGAACGUCAAACUGGGGAGGGACAAACACAGAAAACCAAAGCGUCCAUUACUGCUUUCCAAACAACAAUUUGUCCUGUACUAAGAGUGUAAAGCCUGAAGCCGAGUACAUCGUGGUGUACAUUUUUGUGGGUGUAACAUCGGUGUUCACCGUGUUUCUGAACUUGUUGGUGAUCAUCUCCAUCUCGCACUUCAAGCAGCUCCACACUCCGACCAAUGUGUUGAUUCUCUCUCUGGCAGUGGCUGAUCUGAUCGCAGGACUGAUUCUCAUGCCGGUGCAGGGAAUGAAACUGAUCGAGCCCUGCUGGUACUUUGGAGAAAUGUUUUGCUCAAUAUUUCAUCUGAUUCUGUAUGGGGUCGUCACAGCAUCUCUUGGUAAUUUGAUUAUUAUAUCUGUGGAUCGGUACAUUGCUGUGAACGACCCUUUAAGAUAUCCACUGAAGGUCAAAAACAGCAUAAUUGUUGUUUCUAUUGUUGUAAAUUGGUUAUUUUCCUUCAUAUAUCCUUUAAUUUUUGUGUAUGAAAUUCUAUUUUACCCAGAAAGAAAUCACUCCUGUAUUGGAGAAUGUGUACUUGGUGCAAAGGUUGAAUAUCUCAUAUUAGAUGUCAUUGUCUGUUUUGCUGCUCCUUGUUCUGUAAUUAUAUCUUUGUAUGUGAAAAUCUGUGUUGUAGCACACUAUCAAGCUAAGAAUAUUAAUUCAGUCACAGACAAGAAGGCCAGAUCAGAAAAAAAGGCAGCAAAAACCUUAGGGAUUGUAGUGCUUGUUUAUCUUCUUUGCUGGAUGCCAUACUAUUUAAUUACUCUUUCUCUUGGGCAUGAUGAAAAUGAUGCUCUUAUAAUCAAUAUAAUGUACUGGAUUGUAUGCAUGAAUUCCUGUAUGAAUCCACUUAUUUAUGCAAUGUUUUAUCGAUGGUUUAGAUUGUCAGCAAAAUACAUUUUGACACUAAAAAUAUUUGAGCCUUCAUCAGAAUACUUAAACUUGUUCCCAGAACAGAAAUGA